CGGGAUGAGCGCAGUCAGUAGCGCCGCAGUCGGCUGCGCAGGAACUUUAACUCCGGACCGCUGUCAUGAAAGUGAAAGGGGGAUGAAUGAGGAGCCGCUCGGUCGUCUGUGAGGAGUUGUGGUCCAGCAGGUCUGAGUUGGCCCUUGGCCCAAUUCUGCUGGUCCAACUGGGUCCCUGGGCUGGUGUCAGUGAUGUCUGACCAUCUGCCUCCUGUUCUGCUGGAAGCCUGUGUGGUGGUAGGAGCAUCUAACGACAAACUCAGGGAGGUAUACCAGGUCUUUAAAAAUAAUGGAACUCCAGAGCACCUCCUGUUGGAGCCAGAAGUACUGCAUGUCCUAGCGCCUCCCUUUGUUAGCAGACUGCCAGCUGAGAGCGAAGCAGUGAAGUCACAUGGGAAGAGGCGGCGUUCCUUUCUCAGGAAGAAGCGGGAACACCCUCCUUCAGUGGCAGCAACUCCCAGCCAAGGUGGAGGAGCAGACGGAAGAGGAGGAAGUGAAGAUGUCAUUGUUCCUAAAGACAUCGACCUUAUGGCUUUACCUCAACUCUGCUUCCCAGAUGGGCUCCAAGUAACCAAAGAACAGAAAGAUGAACAGUUCCACUUCCUGGUUUUUACUGAUGUCUUUGGCAACAAGACCCAUGGAGUAGUAAUGCAGUGUUACCGAUCGAUACUGGAAGGGAUGUCUGUCUUAGAGAAUGGAGCUGGGUCCUUCAAGUCUUCUAAACUUUUCUCUGCCUAUAGUUUCUGUGUAAUAUCCAAGUAUCCUUACUUCACUGCACUCAAAGACUGUCUGUCAUGUCUGUUAAUCCAGCUGAGAACUUGUCGUUUAUCAGACAUGGAGGACAGAGUGAAGGAAUUUGCAGCCAAACUGGCAUUGGUGCCUAUCCCGCCUCCUGGACAGCUGCAUUUGAUGUUUACUUUGCGUCCUCUGACCAUUGUAUUACCAUCCAGAGAAGACAAAGACCACCCAGCUAUAGAUUUAGACCUCCAUCUGCCUUUCUUCUGCUUCAGGCCACAGCAACUACUGCAGGUGCUCUCUUGUCUCCUGCAGGAACAGCGGGUGGUAUUAUUUUCUGCGGAUUGGGCCAGACUUACACUGGUGGCAGAGAGCUUGCUGCUUUUUCUGCAGCCUCUGUCAUGGCAGCAGCCAUAUGUUCCUGUCUUGGCCAGAGGCAUGUUGGACUUUCUCAUGGCUCCUACUGCCUUCCUGAUGGGCUGCCACGUCAGCCAUUUUGAAGAGGUUGCUGCUGAAACGGAUGAUCUAAUCCUAAUCAACAUUGAUAAUGGAAGUGUUUCCACUUCUUGUUCUGACACUAUUGACCUACCAGAGAUUCCCCCGGCUGCUGCAGACUGCUUCAUACAGAGGUGUCAGUCCCUGAAGAUACAUUUUGACCUGUAUCAGUGCCACCAUGCAAGCUACACUGACAUCAGUGAGCAGCGGGCACAGAGAAGAGCAUGGCAACAAAACCUCAACCACGACAUCCAGAGGAUCACACUGGAACUGAUUGUCAACAUAUUCAGGGAUGUUAGCAGUCAUCUGAACUAUGAACAUCGAGUUUUUAACAGUGAGGAAUUCCUGAAAACCAGAGAGCCAGAUGAACAGCUUUUUUACAAGAAGGUAUUGGAGACACACAUCUUCCACUUCUUCCUCAAGGAUCGUCUCAACAGGAAAAUGGACAACUUUGCUCGACUGGAAAUCAGCACUCGUUCUGAAAUGCAGAAGAUGAAGGCUACAGUCAAAGUUCCACUCAGACCCACCAUGCAGGAGAUUCAAGACCGGAGAAAGAGCUCUAUUUCAGAGAGCAGGCUAGAGCGGAGCAAGAGAUUGGGGAUGAGCCUCCCUAACCUUCGAGAUAACCAAACUAUCAGCUUCCAAAAAAACACACCUUUGACCAGGUUCAUCUUGCCUGACCAUGCACUGAGAACUACUCCUAAGCCAGUAAGAGUGUUUCAGCUCCCAGAUUUCCCAGUCUCUCAGUCCUUCCACUCUAUCCAAAGUUAUUACAGUGAGCUGAUCCAGCAGCUUGGCAAGGCCAUCUUCUCUGUCCAAAACGAGAAACCUACUCUGCUGGCCAGAUUCUAUUACUUGCGUGGUUUUAUCAACACAUUGUGUUUGCGGCGGCUGGACGCUCUGGGUGAUUUCCAGAACCUCUACAAGACGGACACCGCCAUCUUUCCCACACAGCUGGUGACAUGGCUCGUGGACUCACUGCACCGAGACGAGAGACAGCAAGCUGACAGACGACCUGAACUUAAGAGACUCAUCCUGAAGGUGAAGGCAGAGAACGAGAAGUCACUGGUGCAGCAUGAUGACCAUGUCAAGAAGUUUGAGCUUCCCAGAGAAAAUCUGCAUCAGGAAGAGUUUGUGCGUUGCGUGCAGGAGUGCCGGAUUGUUAAGGAUGUAGCAACCAUACACCGUUUAUUUGAUGCUCUCACUUACGGCCAGCCAAAGCAGGUGGACCCCGACCUCUUCAGAGACUUCUACACCUUCUGGAAGGAGACAGAGGCCGAGGCACAAGACGUCAACUUACCCUCUGGGGUCAUAGACCAUCUUGACAAUAGCGAGUGUGUCUACAAGUUGUCGUCGUGUGUCAAGACCUCCCACGGCGUCGGUAAAAUAGCCAUGACACAGAAACGUCUGUUUUUGCUCACCGAGGGACGACCGGGCUUUCUGGAAAUCACAAAGUUUAGAGACAUACAGGAGGUGAAGAUUGCCUCAGCUCCCUUUCUACUUGUUCGUAUUCCUUCCCUUCGUAUCCAGACCUCCGGCAGGUCUGAGGUGUUUGAGGCCAACCUGAAGACAGAGACUGAACUCUGGAACCUUGUGGUGAAAGAGAUGUGGGCCGGACGCAAGAUGGACCCUCAGUACAUGACUCAGGCUCUGACCAAUGUCAUGUUAAUGGACGCUGUCAUGGCCUGCCUGCACACCCAGAGGCCCGUCAUUGCUGCCUCAAAGCUGGCUUACUUUGACAAGAUCAAACAUGAAGUGCCCAUGAUGGUGCCUAAAACUACCUCAGAGACUCUAAAACACAAGAUCAACCCAUCACUGGACCUGGCUGAACCUCAGACUGUGCAUGUGCUGCUAUACACACCAGGUCAGUUGACCAGCAAUAAUUCAGAGGGUGAGAUGAACCCAAAACUGUGGGUGGCUCUCAGUGGGGGCAAAGUGGUUGUGUUUGAUGCAGCUAGCUGGUCCAUGCUACAGGAUUGCAUCCAGGUCGGAGAGUCGCAGCUGAACUGCAUGCUGGGAUUGAUCCAGGAGCAGGUGUGGAUUGGCUCUCAGGACUCCGUAAUCUACAUAAUUGACACUCACAGCAUGUCCUGCAACAAACAGCUGACUGAACACAGACAUGAAGUGACCGGACUCACAGUGGACACCAGAGAUCAACACAGCAGCCAGCAGACAUACUCUUGCAGCUGUGAUGGGACUAUUCUUCAGUGGGACUCGGCCAGUCUCAAAGUGAAGCGACAGUUCUACCUCAGCUGUGACCGUCUCUCCUCCAUACAGAUCCAUUAUGGCACACUGUGGUGCUGUUGUGGUGACAGCAUUGUGGAACUGAAAAAGAGCGGGACGCCACAAAGAAGGAUGGUUCUUCCUGAUGACAUACGGAGCAUGCCUAGUAGCUUCAGCAGCUUCAUUGUCAUCCCAGAGCGAGGUCAGCUGUGGACGGGCUGUGCAGAGUCAGGGGAACUAUGUCUCUGGCACACGAACAACCACAGACAUCCAUCCAAGAGAAUCUCUCUGCCUGGCAGUUCAGGAGUCACCUGUAUGAUUCGAGUCAAGGACCAGAUCUGGGUGGGCUGUCGUGGCAGAAGCGGUGUCGGGGGUCAGUGUGAUGGUCAGCUGAAGAGUCAGGUGUUGGUGAUGGACCCAGAGAGCCAUGCUGUGGCAAAGGAGUUACAGGCCCAUUCGGACAGCAUCCAGACGCUCUGCUCUGCUGAGGAUCGCUACGUCCUGAGCGGCUCUGCAUGCCGUGAUGGCAAGAUUGCUAUCUGGAAAGUCGAGUAGAGAACACAGACUGAGAAAGCACAAGUAAAGUAGGAGUGGAGUAUGUGGGAGGAGAGCGGAAGAAAAAAUGCACUUGUGAGGACAUACAUGCCUCGCAUUGCCUUCUGUAUGUUCUGUUUUAAAAACUUAAUUUAGUGUCAGCAGCUGUAAGAUAUUGAAAUGCCACAAUACCAUCAUCGUCAUUCAUGUUUGGUUAUCAAGCAUUUAUAAUAAAUUAAAUUUUCAGUUAUUAUCAUAAAGUUUGUUUG